AUGAACUCCUUCGCACCUCGUACCAACGGCGAGACAGCAGCAGGCGAUGUGGAUGUAGGCGCAGCCGCUCAGCGCUCGAGCAAUUCCCCAUCGACGGGAGGCUCAUCUGAUACAGACCUGACCGCGCCCGACGUCGACGCCCCCAUUCCAGGCUCCAAGCAUGCUACGCUCAAUGGUUAUGGCAACGGCAACGGCACACCGAGCGCAGUCCCCACGCUCGGCCUCGUCUCGGACCUUUGGCAUGCCCACCUCGAGCCUCUUGACCCUUCGACCCCCUCGCGCUGCCAGCAGUCCUCGCCCGCCGAGCAUCAAGCAUGGGACCGCUUCGUGUCGAUCAAGCCCACCCUGAACCUCGCGCUGCGCAAGCCCCAUUCCUCCCUCUCCUGCCUCCGCGCCCCACCCUGGUACAACAGCGGCUCCCUCCCCUCACCCUCGGCCAUCUACCUCUGGCGAUCAGACCUGGCUGCCCAGUUCGACCUCCUGCCCAUGGGAAGCGCCGCGGAGAUGCUGUGCUUCAAGUUCUUGGUCAGGACGAAGUGGGAUAGAGGGCUACAAGACCGGAUUAUAUUUGGGCAACAUCUCGAGGAGCAGCGGAGGAAUAGACAUAAGGCUCUGCUAAGGCGACGCACCGGACGCUCCGCCUCCUCGUCGCCUGAACGUGCCCCCGUACUGGGCAUCUUCACGGGCGUGGCAGAAGCAGAGAGCGAGCAUCGUUCCCCUUCUGCCUCUCGCAGCGAGGACGGGAGUCAGGCCUCCGCCUCGUCAUCGCAGCAGCAGCAGCAAGGCGAGGAACAGCAGGAGGAGGAGGAUCAGUGGGACAAGUGGUGUAGGAUGCACGGGACGAACCCACAGAAUGAGCUGUACGAUUUCGCAGGGUUCGCCUCGCAUAAUCCGCAUUCGAUGUAUCACAAAGUCAAGUACGGAGAAUGGGGAUCACCCCACCCCUAUGUCCCAUUCGCCAUCACCAACCCCGCCGAAUUCCAAGCAUCCCGCAAAGAUCAAGAAGCUCAAGAAUCCGCCGCCCUCCUCUGGCUGGCCCAGCGGCGCAACAUCGCCUCAACACAGCGCCAGCUCGACGCACAUGCUGCCGCCUUGCGCGCCUCCUCCAGCAACGGCUCUGGAGCUGGUGCAUCAGCAUCAGCCGCGGGAACGGCAGUCUCUGUCGCCAACCCUCCCACGGUCUCCGUCGCUGUCCCCGACGAGGAGGUCAUAGACCAAGAGCUGGAGCAACCCCAAGCAAUGGGUCGACAGGCAGUCAAGGAUGCCGUGAAGCCCGUCGCGCCUGCUAGUCAGCAACAGCCACAACCUCCAGCGGGCAUCGCCGCCGCUACAUCGCACACCAACCCCAUCACCGUCUCUGUGCUGAUACCGGACAACCUCAUGCCUUGGAUCAGGGAGCAUGUAUACGCGCAGCUGGUCGGGCGGGUUGACCCCGCCUUGCUGGCAUACUGGUGUAACGAGGACGAGAGGCGCUUACCCUGGCCAGGCAAAGCGAAGGAGGAGGAGGAACAGGAUCAAAGUGCCUCGGCGAGAAGAAGCGGGCUGCCAGCACGCAUCCCCCCCGUGGUCAACAUAGCUGCAGUAGUAACGGAUGACGAGCUACCCUGGCGCUCCCCCGACUUGCACGGACCAUCCUUCCGCUACCCAGGCGACGAGGAGUAUGCAGCCUCUCGCUCCCUCGCCGGCCCUGCAUCGGGCGCACGUUGGUCUACCCGUCGUGCCGCCUCCCACCCGCCCGCUCCUGCCUCUUUCAAGAUUGGCAAUCUUUUCCUCUCCUCCUGCCCGGGGAAGAAGGUAAGGCUCACAGGAGCCGUCAGGGGACGCGGGGCGGUUUGUCGUGAUUUGGGUGUUGAUCUGAAGCGAUUCAAGGAGUUGGGAGUGGGGACUUUGGUCUGUUGUUUGAGCGAUGCCGAGUUGGGGGUUAUUGGGGUUAGGUGGGAGGAGUAUGUGAGAGAGGCGGAUGCGUUGGGUGUGGAUUUGGUGAGGGUACCCAUGGUCGAGGGCAACUGUCCCACUUCGACGUCCUCCCUCUCCCACUGGCUCGACGAGAUCAUAACGCACUGUACCCUCAAGGGCAUCAACGUCCUCGUGCACUGUCGAGGCGGCGUGGGUCGGGCGGGGCUGGUGGCCGCCUGUUGGCUGAUCAAGAUGGGCUUCGUAGACGAACAUCGCCCAAUCUCGGAAUGUGCGAUUCGCGGCAGCAUGUGGCCCGAGGCCGAGAUGAUGUGGCAGGCCUUGCAGGUCGUUCGAUUACGUAGGAGCUCAAAGGCAAUCGAGACGGCGGAGCAAGCAGAAGUCGCGGAGAUGGGGCGGGGGUGGGGGACCUAUCCCUCUCGCGGCAACAUUGUGCCCUGGUAG